GACGGCGCGCGCGGCCCGGCACAAGUUUGUCCCUCGCCGCCCGCCGUCCUCACCGCCCCCCCCUCCCCUCAAGGCCGCGGCGUGGGCCCCGCUUCCUGCUUCCGGUGCCGGGGCUAUAAGAGCCGCUUCCGCCCGGCCGCGCGACCCGCCGCGGGCCCCGGCCGUGUGUGCGGCGCCCCGCGUCCCGCGCCAUGAACGCCCGCGGGUUGAGCCCGGAGAAGGCCGCGGCCUUCAGCCGCCGGCUGCGGGCCGAGCCCCGCUUCCUGCUGGCCCAGAACGUGGCGACGUGCAGCGACCCGCUGGAGGUGUGCCUGCAGCGCCAGGUGGUGCAGGACACCGUGCAGGUCUUCCAGCACGCCCUGCCCGCCGAGGGCAAGCCCGUCACCAACCAGAAGAACUCCGGGAGAUGUUGGAUCUUCUCCUGUCUCAAUGCAAUGCGUCUUCCUUUCAUGAAGAAGUACAACAUUGAAGAGUUUGAAUUCAGCCAGUCGUACCUCUUUUUCUGGGAUAAGGUCGAACGCUGUUACUACUAUUUAAAUGCCUUUGUGGAAACAGCUCAGAAAAAGGAGCCUGUAGAAGGAAGACUGGUACAAUUCCUGCUCUCUAACCCCACAAAUGAUGGUGGACAAUGGGAUAUGUUGGUUAACAUUAUAGAAAAGUAUGGUGUGGUUCCCAAGAAGUACUUCCCGGAGUCUCAUACUACAGAGGCUACUAGAAGGAUGAAUGAAAUCUUGAAUCAUAAGAUGAGAGAGUACUGUUUGCGGCUGAGAAACAUGGUGGCGAGUGGAACAAUUAAGGAAGAACUUUGUGCUGCAAUGGACACUAUGAUAGAAGAGGUGUUCAGAAUAGUGAGUACUUGCCUGGGCAACCCUCCGGAGACCUUCUGCUGGGAGUUCCGGGAUAAGGAGAAGAACUACCACAAGUACGGUCCUGUGACACCAGUGGAAUUCUACAACGAGCACGUGAAGCCGUACUUCAACAUGGAGGACAAGAUUUGUCUAGUAAAUGAUCCUCGACCUCAGAACCCAUACAACAAACUGUACACAGUGGAGUACCUGGGCAACAUGGUAGGAGGGAGGAAAACGCUCUAUAACAACCAGCCUGUUGAUGUCUUGAAAAAAUUGGCUGCUGCGUCUAUUAAGGAUGGCGAGGCUGUGUGGUUUGGCUGUGAUGUUGCAAAGCACUUCUAUGGCAAGCUGGGAAUCAAUGACAUGAAUAUAUUCAAUCAUGAGCUGGUGUUCGGUGUCUCUGUCAAGAACAUGAACAAGGCAGAACGACUGAUCUUUGGAGAAUCAAUGAUGACCCACGCCAUGGUCCUGACAGCUGUCUCAGAGAAGGAUGGGCAAGAAGACUGCUUUGAAAAAUGGCGAGUGGAAAACUCCUGGGGCGAAGAUCGUGGGAAUAAAGGUUAUCUGAUCAUGAUGGAUGACUGGUUUUCUGAGUAUGUGUACGAAGUUGUGGUGGAUAAGAAGCAUGUACCAGAAGACAUCUUGGCAGUGAUGGAGCAGGAACCGAUUGUUUUGCCAGCCUGGGACCCUAUGGGGGCUUUAGCCAAGUGAACUACAGAAUAUUUGCCUCCUAAUGGUCAACCAGAAGUAGAUGCAAUAGAGAAUCCGAGUGGUUGGAAGCCAUAGCCAAAUGAUAAUGUGACCAAGCACUCAGCAUGGUCCAUGUUCUUGAAAUGUAAGUUAAGGAUCUUUGGGAAAUAGCGCUUUACUGAUAUGUCUGAAUUAAAGCUCUCAGGCUACUCUGCAAAACUAAAAAGGGAAAAGGAAAAAAAACUCACUAUGAAAUAUAUUACAAGUGCUGUCAAUGGCAGUUUGAUUUUAUCUUAAAUUUUAAAUAAAAAAAUCAGAAUAGUAACUCAGUAGAAUUGUUUUGAUCAGUGUUUUCCCUAGACAAGAUGGCCACAAAAGGCUAUUCUUUAGAGUUAACAGCUAGGUGUUAGAACAAAUACAUCAAGAUACUUAUAAAUUAACCAUUUGUGGUCUGUCUUAUACCAUAAGAAUGCCCAAAAUAUUUUAUACAUUCACAUUUUUAAUUUUUCUGCCAAGGGAAGAAGUUUUGAAGGGUACAUACAAUUGACACUGCUGAACCUUAGGAACGGUUUACCUAAUUUACCCUUAGGAUGCUUUCUCUUUCAGCAGCAUUGGAGGAAAAAUAACUUGGUUUCCAAUUUCACUUGUUUUUAUUCUUCCAUUACUGAGAUGGGACUGCAUAACCUCUUAUCAAGGCCCAGUGAUAUGUCUGUGUGUACAGGAGCGCUAUUUUUCAGUUAUAUUAGCAAGAACAACCAUAAAUGUUCACAGGUGGAGUUAGUGUCAUGCUCAACAGAAAAAAAAUUGCUGCAUUUUAUUUGGAUGUUUUCAAAAACAAGAUGGUGCUAUGAAGCUUUUGAAUAAACACUUUCUUAAGUGACUGGUA